AGUUGCGAUCGCAAUGUGCUUUUCAAUUUGCGCCAUCGAUCAAACACCAGUUCCUAUUUUCGAUUUAGGAAAUAACCCCCAGAGGCGAAGAUGUCGUACCAAAACUGGCUGAGCUACCUGCAGUCGGCGGAGAAGAACUCGAUGAUCAGCGGCCGCCUGCGCAAAGUGCUGUACAAGUUUCCGGACGGUCGUCAAAUGGCCGAGGAGUACAACCUGGACACCGGAAUCGUUCAACGUCGGGCCUGGAGAAAGUGCAAGCAGCUGAUGGGCCAGCCGGAGUGGGAAAUUGAGCUGGGCGAGGAGCCGCGCCAGCUGAACUGGUCGGCAAAUCAGUCCAACGGCGCCGCAGGAGGAAACGGGGCCGGCGAUGCAGACUCCCUGGCGGGUCCAGAAUUCACUCUGCGGGAGAGCAACACAGCCCCGCUGCUGACCAAGAGGGUGACCAAGAAGAACAUCGAGUGGCGCAUUCGCAACAUGCCAUAUCCCCUGGAAAUUUACAAUGUAACUGCAGAUGCCGACCAGCGUGCCAUAAUAGUGCGCACCACGAACAAGAAGUACUACAAGGUGAUUCCCAUUCCCGAGCUGGAUCGCUGUGGCGUAGCCCCGUCUCAGGCGAAUCUCUCCGUGCAUCAUCAGUUCAAUACCUUGAUUAUAACCUACCAGAAGCCAGCCAUUCUCUGCGAAAUGGAGGCCCAGGUGUUGCUGUUACUCAAAGAUGUUGAAACCGAAACUGACAUGGACGAUCUGCUAAAGGGUCUGAUGGCCAAAUAAAAUAGCUUAGAUUAAUGCAUAA